AUGUCGCUGUGGCCCUACCAACCGCUGGUCAUCAACUGCUUCAUGUCAGCACUCGGCUGCUUGGCCACAAUGACGCUAAUUCCUGCUUUCAAAGACCAUUUCAUCGCUGCCAGAUUGUACGGCAUGGACCUAAACAAAUUGACGAAGAACCAAGUUCCAGAAUCUCAAGGUGUCAUCAGUGGGACAGUCUUCCUCAUCAUCAUGUUCUGCUUCAUCCCAGUGCCUUUUCUCAGUUGCUUCAUGUGGGAUGAGUGUACUGCCUUCCCACAUGACGAGUUUGUGGAGCUGAUCGGUGCACUGCUGGCCAUAUGCUGUAUGAUCUUCCUUGGUUUCGCUGAUGACGUGCUCAACCUGCAGUGGAGACACAAGCUCCUGCUUCCCACCAUGGCUUCCUUGCCACUUCUUAUGGUCUAUUUCACCAACUUUGGCAACACGGUCAUUUUGGUGCCUAAACCAUUUAGAGCAUUGCUGGGGCUGCAUCUAGAUCUAGGAAUUCUUUACUAUGUGUACAUGGGCAUGCUGGCAGUCUUCUGCACGAAUGCCAUCAACAUCCUGGCUGGCAUUAAUGGGAUCGAGUCAGGUCAAGCUCUGUUCAUCUCAGGCUCCAUCAUCAUCUUCAACCUGCUAGAGCUCAGCGGGGAUUACCACGAUGAUCAUGUUUUCUCUCUCUACUUCAUGAUUCCAUUCUUCUUCACCACAUUAGCACUUUUUUAUCACAAUUGGUACCCCUCGUCCGUGUUUGUUGGGGAUACUUUCUGCUACUUUGCAGGGAUGACCUUUGCUGUUGUUGGCAUACUGGGCCACUUUAGCAAAACAAUGCUCUUGUUUUUCAUUCCUCAAGUGGUUAACUUCAUCUAUUCCUUGCCCCAGCUUUUUCACAUCAUCCCUUGUCCCAGACACAGACUUCCUAGGUUGAAUCCAGACACAGGGAAACUGGGGAUGAGUUACUCUAAAUUCAAAAGAAAAGACCUUUCCAAACUAGGACAUCUCAUUCUACAGGUUGCAGAGUUACUGAAGCUCCUCGAUGUGCGCAUUGGCCAAGAAGAGGAAGAUGAAUUUAUUGAGUGCAACAACAUGACCAUAAUAAAUCUGGUGUUGAAAUUCAUUGGCCCGACCCACGAGAGAAAUCUUACUUCAAUCAUUCUCCUGAUACAGGUGAUGGGAAGCGCGUUGGCUUUUGGGAUCCGUUACCAUCUGGUGCGCCUCUUCUACGACGUCUAG